UAGAAAGUGAUUUUUAUGUACAAUUAAUUAAAUUAAACUAGUUAACAACUGGCAACACGACCAAAUGCGGUAUAAAACAAGCAUGGUGUACGAUUAACACUGAGAGUGGCUGUAUCUAUUGAAAUUUUACUACACUUACCUAAAUAAAUCAAAACCGCCCGCAUAAAAAAAGCAGAACAACUGCAGCGGCAGCACACAAAGAGAUUGAGCUAGCAGCAACGACCACGACAGCUACACAACCGUUCGACCAAUACAAAAAACCCGUUUCUUGUGUGCGUGCGUGUGUGUGUCUUAAUUUUAUUUGCAUUGCAGCCAAAGCGGUCGCUGCGGCAUUUCGUGGCAGAGGCAGACCACAAAAGGGGCGUGCCUGCGUCUAAUACUCUGUGAGCAGCAGCAGAUUGCAGCAUUAUGAUGGUUGAGUCCGACGGCACCGCCGACGCCACACGCCGUCUCAACGUAAAAAAACAAACGCUGGACGAUGCGUACGCUGUGCCCGCAAAUUUUCUCGAAAUUGACGUGGUCAAUCCGCUGACAACCAUGGCGGCGGGCAAGAAGCGCUACACGGACUACGAAGUGCGCAUGAGGACCAACUUGCCGGUAUUCAAGGUGAAGGAGUCGAGCGUGCGACGUCGCUACAGCGACUUUGAAUGGCUUAGAAAUGAGCUAGAACGUGAUAGCAAGAUUGUGGUGCCGCCGUUGCCGGGCAAGGCCUGGAAGCGACAGAUGCCAUUCCGCGGCGACGAGGGUCUCUUUGACGAGAACUUCAUCGAAGAGCGAAGAAAGGGUUUGGAGGCGUUCAUCAAUAAGAUAGCCGGACAUCCGCUGGCGCAGAACGAGCGCUGCCUGCACAUGUUCCUGCAGGAGAGUGUCAUCGACAAGAACUAUGUGCCCGGCAAGAUACGCAACACAUAAGGAUGCUGAUGCCCAGGAUAGCAACAGGAGCAACAAUAGCAAUGCAAUGAAGAAACAACUCGAACGAACAAAAACUUAAGAAAGAAAGAAAGAAAGAUUACGAAACCGAUUAGGCAAAAUCCGACCGUGUGUUGUAUGUGUGUGCUUAGCCAGUUACGCGUAGUAACAAAGUAAUAGAUGUUAAAAAUUAAAAAGGGCAACUGCUUCUUUGGCCAGCGCAAGCGGAUGUGGCUCAGUUAAUGUUGAGCGCGCUCUAGUUGAAGUAUUUGGAUUUUUUAUUGCUAAAUUUAAUUGUUUAUAUGCAAUGGUAUACAUACAAUACAAAAUAUACUAUAUAUAUUAUAUACAUA